AACUCUUUCAAAAAAACCCCAUUUGACCACUGGAAGUAACUCCAGGAAAGGGGAAAAAGGAGAGAAAUUGGUUUGUGGGAAACUGAGGAAUGAGGGUUUCCUGGCUGCAAAGUGUACGGUUGGGUUGAUUGAAGAGUGCCCAUUUGAAGGAAGUUACUUGUUUGUGUUUCUUCAUCUUUUUCUCGCUGGUUUUACCAAGUUGGGUUUUUGAAGAAAUUGCUACUUCUACAACUGAGAAAAGAAAAGGAAUGAGCUUUGGAUUCUGGAAAAUUGGUUUUAUUGAUGAGAGAUUUUGGUUGAAAUGAGUCCAGGUUUGUAAUAAUAAAGUAUGGAGGCUGAGAAGAAACGUUCAAAAGGAGGGUUUCUUCAUUUGUUUGAUUGGAAUGGGAAGUCUCGGAAGAAGCUUUUUGCUAACAAUUCAGAAGAGUUGCCUGGAUCAAAGCAAGGAAAAGAAGAUGAGGAGAAUUGUUCGAGGACUGUCGUUUACAAUGCGGUGGAAGCGGAUGAGAACGAAGCAAAUUCGAGUAAUAAAGGGAGCAGUGACUGGAAUUCUGCUUCAUGUGUAACCAGUGAAGAUGGAAGUGGGGCUAGAGCCCCAGGUGUAGUUGCUAGACUGAUGGGUUUAGAUUCAUUGCCAACUUCGAAUGUUGCAGAGCCCUCUUCUAGUUCAGCCCCACUUUCUGACUCGUGCUCAUUUAGAGCUUCUCAUCAUGACAAGAGUGGUUUGUGGAGUGAUUUUUAUAGGAGGGAUUGUGUAAAUGUGCCCAACAGACUCAACACAUUUUCUAGGAAUCAAGUAGAAUCUAGGUCCCAGAGGCAGCAGAACAGGCCAAUUGAGAGAUUUCAGACCGAAGUUCUACCUCCUAAAUCGGCUAAAUCAAUUCCAACCACUCACCAUAAGCUAUUGUCACGUAUAAAAAAUCCUGGGUUUGUUCCAACAAAAAAUCAGACUAAUAUCAUGGAGGCUGGUGCAAAGAUAAUUGAGGCGAGUCCUAGGGCAUCCUCCAAGAGUAAAGUGUCAAGCAUAGGGCCUUCUUUGGUUCCCUUGAGAAUUAGAGAUUUGAAAGAGAAGAUAGAGGCUGCAAAUAAAGCAACUGGACCUGAAAAAUCCAAGGAAGCCAAUGCUUUAAAACGUACUGGAGGACAGGACAGUAGCAAGACCCCUAAUGGUUAUGUGUUAGUAACUCAGGCUCCUAUCAAUUCUGGGAAACGGAAUUUUAACAAUGUCGGAGGCAAGGCUUCAUCAGUGUCACUUGCUGUACAAGCAAAGACCAAUGUUCAGAGAAGAGAAGGUUCAAUUCCUGGUCGUAAUAGGAACUUUAUGAACCAGAAAGAGGUGAAGUCAAACUACAUACCAAAGCGCCAGCCUAACUUGCAAAGAUCAGAGCAGAAAAGAACUUCUCCAGAGAGCAGUAACAAUGUGUUAAGGCAGAAUAACCAGAAGCAGAACUGUGUAUCUAAUAUGGACAAGACUGGACAAAAUCUGGUUUCCAAUCAUCCAGCCAGAAGAACUAGGUCCUCUAGUGGCUCUGCUGAGCCAAGCAAGACUGUAAAUAAGGUUGUUGCAAACUUCAAAACCAGAUCAAAGAAGACGGGUUCUGUGUCAACUGCUAGUCAAAGAGAGACAACGGUUAAGAAUGUCUCUAGGAAGAAACAUUCUGUUUGUCAGGGUGUUCGUAUGGAAGAAACUGCUGCUGGUGGUAGUAGUAUACAGAGUAGUGAAGGGCAAAGGUCUAUAAAAUGUAAUAUAUCUAUAGAUUCUUGCACUGGUAUGAGCCCAGAUAACAGAAAACCGGGAAUAGAUGUAAUUUCAUUUACAUUCAACUCUCCCCUGAAAAAAUCCACAUGCGUGUCCCCGUCCUCAGGUCAAGCCAUGAUAAUGGAAAAGAGAUUUGGGAUUAACUCCGUAAGUGACAAAGAUCAGCCGCUUUAUUCAAAUGGCUUCGAAUUGUCUUCUCCUGGAUUCAAUGUAAUAGGUACCGACUCUUUAGGUGCUCUUCUGGAACAGAAGCUUCAGGAACUAACAUGUAAAGUUCGGUCAUACCAAUCAAACCUUUUCAGAGAAGAGAGUUCUGCUCGUUGUGCAUCUGCAUCACAAGACUCCAAUGUAUUAAGAACCCCACCAAGGGGAAAGCAGGUUCAAGUAUGUCUGCUUAGAGAUAAAACUGAUAGCAUAUACUGUUAUGAUUCCCCGUCCAUUGAUGGUCCAGUGGUUAAUAUGAACGGGCAGUGGCAGGAAAUGGAAGAGUCUACCGGAAGCAGCAGCUAUGAAACUGGAAAAGAAUUAGAAUAUGAAGAUGCUAGUCCAGAAUCAAGUUUUGAACUCGCAUUUGAAAGUGGAAGCUCUACAGGUAAUAAAAGCUGUGCAAACCGUACUAUUUUCCUUUCAAGUAUCGAUGAGCAUAAUAUAGGUGUUUUCAAAGGUGUCUUUACGUUCUUUAUUUAA